AAAACAAAUGAAAUGUGAUUUCAACGACUUCAUUACUGAGACAAGACAAGUAGAAAAGAAAGAAGUAUAAACAACCCCGAAAUUCUUUCAAUUCAUUGUAGGUACUGUUUCUGGCUGAGAUUUGUAAGUAGGUCAUUCUAAAUUUUAAGCUGCGAAAAAUAAAAUUAAAAAACACAGAAAUUGAUACCUACCUAAAUGUGAAUAUUUACUGAGAAAAAAUAGGCUGCAUAAAUAAUUAAAUAGGUAUAUGCUAAAAUUGACGAUUUAGUUGAGGGAAAAAAGUGAUGCGGAAUUUCAAAAUAACCCUCAUCGUUAUUAUUGGGUCACAAGCUAAUGUCCAUAUUUUUGACGUCUAUAAAACGACAUUUUUUCGUUCCCAUCGAACACUAUUAUUACAUUAUUAUCCAUCAUUUUCUUGGCCAUUAAUGAAAAUCCGACUAUUUUAUUGAAAUCAUAAUUCAUAUACCUACUUCGUAGAUUUUUUUUAAUAUUCUGUACAUCUUUAAACGUGAUAUUAGAGUUAACAGUCUUUGAGACUUAUUUGUAAAAGGGCAAGGGAUGCGGGUAAAAAAUAUGCUCAGUUUUUGUCGUUUGAUUUUACGGGGUGUUUUCUGAAAUUGGCCAACUCUCUUGCAUCGGUCUCUCAGUACUUGUAAAGUAGCUAUCUUUUCAUUCAAAAAAAUAGUUGAACUGAGAUGUGGAUCCGUAGCAGAUGUAUAAGCAACCAUAUAGCACGAAUUGCAGAGGGUGAAUGCAUUCUCUUGUAUGAAAGAAAAGCGCAUGCGCAAUUCAGGGUGCUAUCCCUUCUAAUACCUGGGUAGGUACCUGUGUUUCAAAUCAAGUCAAUCACGUGUGGAACUAUCAAUUAAAAAAUACACGUGAAAUUAAUACCAACCUAAUCGUGAUUAGAAUUAAAAUUACAUUUUCGUAAAUUCUCCAUUCCACUGGUAACUACUGUUACAUGUAAAAUUAAAAGCUGACACCGAUACGUUGGCAACACUGUUUUGAGUUUUUGAAAAUGAGCUACCCUUUUUCAGAACUUAAAUAUUGAUCGACUUUCAGAAAACAGUAGCGAUAUCGAUGCCUUUACAAGCGGUUAAAAUGCCGCUUUUCUGACGAGCAUGUGAAAAUCACAGUAUUCGCAGAUAGUAAUGCAAAAAUCAGUGUGAUUUAGUUUGUUUGAAAAUUUUCUCCACUUUCUAUAAUAUUAAUCGCUUUGAUUCGGUGGUGUGGAGGCGGCGCCUCCAAAUGAACGACCACGAUGUGGACGACGUUGCUUUUCUAACAUCCGCAAACCAUUAUAGUUCGUAUUCGUUUAAGUGCUUCAGAAGUUCAAAAAAUACAAUAAGAGCUAGUGGUAGUCAAAGUGGAAUUCAUAAAAGAAGUUUGUACGAUCAUGGAGGAGUUGCUGUUUGCUCGCAGCAAAGAGCUUUAGUAAUUGCAGGAGCUUUCUUUGUGGUUUUAUUCAUUUCGUCUGUAGUCAUCGCAUAUUUUGGACCUCAAAAUGAUUGUCCUUGUAUUGGACAAAAACCAUUAUUCCUAACUGAAGAAAAUGGAGUAAAUGCGUCUCGUACUAUAAUUCCAAUCGCUACAAAUGGUGAAAUAUUUCCUUGGAAUAACUUACGUCUUCCUACAUUCGUCAGACCGGAAAGAUAUCAUAUCAAUAUACAUCCUAAUUUAACAACAUUAGAAGUAAAAGGUCAAACAUCUAUUGAUUUUAAAGUAGAAAAGUCCACGGAUUACAUUGUUUUUCACAGUAAAAAUUUAACAAUUACAGAAAAAGUUUUGAUUAAUCGAAAAAAUAAUGAAAAAGUUGAAAUCACUCGAAUGUUGGAAUAUCUGGCUGGACAACAAAUAUUCAUGGAAUUAGAUGAAGAGUUGAAAAGAGAAGAAAAUUAUACUUUGGUCAUAAAAUAUACCACACGAUUAGGCAGGGAACUGGAAGGAUUUUAUUUGAGCAGCUACGUAACUCGAUCAGGAGAAAAAAAGUAUUUGGCAACGACACACUUCGAACCGACUUACGCUAGGUCAGCAUUUCCUUGUUUUGACGAACCCCAAUUCAAAGCGAGAUUUAAGAUGUCUAUACUCAGAGACAGAUUUCAUAUUUCCUUAUUUAAUAUGCCGAUCAAAAGCACCGACGAUAUUGGAUUUUACAUGGGAACUGGCCUUGUUAGAGAUGAUUUUUACGAAUCAGUAGAAAUGAGCACUUAUCUUGUGGCGUUCGUCGUGUGUGAUUAUAACCAUACUCAUACUUCCACAGCGAAGGGUAUAUCCGUCAGUGUAUAUGCUCCUACUGAUCUCCUACCUCAAGCUAAUUUUGCUUUAAACACUGCCACCAAGAUGAUGGAGCAUUAUGAGGAAUUUUUCGGGGUGUCUUAUCCAUUACCAAAACAAGAUCUUAUCGCUAUACCCGAUUUUGGUGCUGGAGCGAUGGAGAAUUGGGGAUUAAUAACCUAUAGAGAGACUUCAAUUUUAUACGAUGCCGAAGAAACGUCCGCGACUGCUCAUCAGUGGGUUGCUGUGGUAGUAGCACACGAACUUGCCCAUCAGUGGUUCGGUAAUUUAGUCACAAUGCGAUGGUGGAAUGAUUUAUGGUUAAAUGAAGGGUUUGCCAGUUUUUUGGAAUACUUGGGUGUUGAUCACGUGAUGCCGGGAUGGAGUAUGAUGGAUCAAUUCAUCCUCGAUAAAACUCAGCAGGGUCUUCAUUUGGAUGCUUUAUCAACAAGUCACCCUAUUUCCGUCACAGUUCACGAUCCGGUGGAAAUAGAAGCUAUUUUCGAUUCAAUUUCUUAUAGCAAGGGUGCUGCGAUAUUAUACAUGUUGGAAAAAUUCCUUUCUCAAGAUAUUCUACGAAGUGGUUUGAACGAUUAUCUCAACAAACACAAGUACGGAAAUGCCGAUACCAAAGAUUUAUGGACUGUGCUGAGCAAACACACCAAUCAGACUUUGGAAGUUAAAUCUAUAAUGGAUACAUGGACUCGUCAAAUGGGGUUUCCGCUUGUAACCAUCAAACGUGAAAAUCUUACUGGCGACGCUGCCGGUGUCAUUACAGCCAUUCAGACUAGAUUCCUUUUGACUGCCGAUGUCCCUAACAUAACAACAAUUCGACAACCUCCUUCGACUUUUAAAUAUAAGUGGUAUAUUCCGUUGAAUUAUUACACCAAUCAGGGCAGUUCUAAAGAAGCAAAAACAGUUUGGAUGAAUAUGACUGACCUAACUUUCGACGUGGAUCCUAAAACUAGAUGGAUCAAAGCAAACGUCAAUCAAUCCGGUUAUUAUCGAGUGAAUUACGACGAACCUUUAUGGGACGCGAUUAUUUCCCAACUUGCCAACGAUCAUUCAGCUUUUAGUCCUGCUGAUAGAGCAAGCUUGUUAGAUGAUGCUUUUACUUUGAGCAGAGCCGGUGUUAUUAAUGUAACUCUACCUCUGAGAAUGUGUUUGUACCUUCGCAAAGAACGAGAUUAUGUCCCUUGGGCUACCGCUUUGGAUCAUUUACAAAAUUGGAGCAAAUAUCUAUCCGAGGCUUCUCCCUAUCGAAUGUUCCAGCUGUAUAUGAAAUAUUUACUGGAACCAGUUUCCAAUGAUGUCGGAUGGGAUGAUUCUGGAACUCAUUUGCAAAAGUUGUUGAGAUCGGAUGUAUUAGCUAGUGCAAUUCUAUGUGAAGUCGAACCAGUCACCACAGAAGCUAAAAAUAGAUUCAAGAAAUGGAUGCAAGAAGGCGCGAGAAUUCCGCCUAAUUUAAGAGAAGUUAUUUACUCCGCAGGAAUUAAAUACGGCGGAGUAAAAGAAUGGCAAUACUGUUGGGCAAGAUACAAUUCGACCAGAGUUCCCAGCGAAAGAAAACUAUUGCUCAAAGUUCUCGGUGCCGCGUCUGAUCCUUGGAUUUUACAGAGAUACCUCUUGUCAACGUUGAAUCGCGAAAUGAUUAAACCACAAGAUGUCAAAACAGUAUUAGGAGUAGUAGCCGCGAACCCCGAUGGACAGUUACAAGCCUGGCGACAUUUAAAAGCUCGCUGGUAUAAUUUACAGUCGUUAUUUGGAAACGGCACGUUCACGAUGGGCGGACUAAUUACAGCAGUAACUUCUCAUUUUGCAUCUGAAUACGAUUAUAGAGAAGUUUCAGAUUUUUUCCGACCGAUGGAUGUAGGUUCAGGUACACGAGCUUUACAACAGAGUUUAGAAUUGAUUCAGUUAAAUGUGCAUUGGGUUAAAAAGAAUGAAGAAAAGAUAUUUCAAUGGUUGAGUAGCAAUAAUUUUAAAUAAAUGAUGCAUGUUGCGUUUUGAACAUUUUCUAGUCAGGAACAGUAUUUUUCCUUCUUUUGUGUAACAAGCUUGUAAACAAAUUGCCUCAAAUUUUGGAUUUUUAUAUAACACGAAAGAAGGAUUAAAGUAAUAGUUGUUAAAUACUACUCAAAAUGAAUUUUUACAGAUUUAUUCUAUCCCAUAUCAUUUUUUAUGUUUCUCUUGUUUUCCCCCUUUUUUCUUUCUUUCUUUCUUUUUUUUUUUUUAAUUUUUUGAUAGAUUUUGUAAAAUAUUUUUUAAACUUAUAAAUCUGUGUACAAUUUUUUAAAUGUUAAAUUCGAUUUUCGUUUUCAUUUAUUUCUAUGAUUGAUUAUGUAUGUAUGUACCUAGUAUUACGAAACGAAAUAUAUUUUUUUUUACAUA